UUCCGGUGCGGGCGGGGUUAAAAACUGUAUACGUAUACAUUUGCACUGCUUUUAUUCUCCUUCAGUAAAUCGGUAGCAAAAGAGCUGUAUGAUUUUCGGCGAAAGGAUAGAAUAACCAACUUAAAAAAAAAAAAUUCUGACAGAUUCUGUAGUCCACUUUGAAAGAUGGUUGCCAAACAGCGAAUUCGCAUGGCUAACGAGAAACAUAGCAAGAACAUCACGUUAAGAGGCAAUGUAGCCAAAUCCACGAGAAACGCUACGGACGACAAGGUAGCGGUUGGGCCGUGGCUGCUGGCGCUGUUCAUCUUCGUGGUGUGCGGAUCAGCUAUUUUCCAGAUCAUCCAGAGUAUCCGCAUGGGGAUGUAGGACAACAGCGAUGACAUCACUACUGUGUUCAUUCCACUCAGUAUCCCCCCACCCCCGAUGGUCCACCCCCUGAACCCUGUUCCUGACAGAACCCCAGUUCCACCCCCUGAACCCUGUUCCUAACAGAACCCCAGUUCCACCCCCUGAACCCUGUUCCUGACAGAACCCCAGCUCCACCCCUUGAACCCUGUUCCCAACAGAACCCCAGCUCCACCCCCUGAACCCUGUUCCUGACAGAACCCCAGUUCCACCCGGUGAACCCUGUUCCUGACAGAACCCCAGUUCCACCCCCUGAACCAUGUUCCCAACAGAACCCCAGCUCCACCUCGCCCUGCCACCUCCAAGUCUUAUCAGCAGAGUGUUGUGAAGUCUACCAGUCAGAGGACCAGCUACUGUCUUGCACUUUCACUGACUUCUUCUCCUUCAUUUGUUUAUUUGAAACAUUUCUUUCAUUUUUUUUUUGUUCAUUGAAAAUGUUCUUUCAAUGGAUUUUCUUUUGUUAGCUAGCUCUGAAUCUUCCAAGCCAUUCCGUCUAGGUGCCUUAGUUCAAGAACUAACCAGGCCAUGCCAAACCAGGCCAGACCAGACCAUGCCUAGCUUCUCUUACAGCUGAUGCUCGGUGACAACCUUGGCACAGCUGCCAUCUUGAAACCAUUCCCUUACUGGUGGAGAAGUCCCAGCUCUCUACUGCUGUGUUGUAAUGACCUACUCUAAUCUAGUCACUGUGUUGUAAUGACCUACUCUAAUCUAGUCACUGUGCUGUAAUGACCUACUCUAAUCUAGUCACUGUACUGUCAGACAGAACGAACAAUGUGUCUUACUUAAUUUGGUUUGCGGGCCCAGUUUUUCUGUUGAGUUUUUCUUCAGGUUUAGGUGGUACAGGGUUAGACGGCUCUAACAGGUCACAGGUCCUUUAGUUGCCAACGAUUCAACAUCGGACUCCAGUACAAUGUUAAGAUUUCUACAUUUCUCCGCUUUAUACUUCUGUGAUUAUUUAAUGCUGCCUUCAAAUCUUUUCUUAUAUGUCUUAUUUCUACAGUCAAUCAGACUGCUUCAUAGAUAUAGCAGAUCUAAACUCAAGCUGGGAAAUAUGUUUUGAAAUGUUAAAUAUUCCAGAAAGAUGAUUAUGGAAUCAUCCCUUUAGAGAUGCCUGUGUGAUGGAGUCUUGGACAGCUGCAUUGGCCUCCAGGGACACAUGAAGUUAUGUCUCACCAACAAUGUGGAGAUGGGUUAAUAUGUAAAUAAAUGACAGAUUGAUGUGUUGUGCAUAACAAUCUGCGUUUGCUGGCAGUGACUGACGAGGGAAAUUUAAUAAAAACGUGAUUGAUGACAAACCUG